GGGGGGUUGUAAAGAGAUGCUUGGCAUUACAUGUUUGCUUCAACCAAUCUAACACAGACUCAGUGGUGGUGGGUUUGUGUUAAAACAGAAGACAUACAAAACAUGAACUGGGUAUAUUAAAAGAAAAUCGAUACGGCCCAACGAUCGUAUUACAUCUGAUCAAAUGCUUUAAUGAAUUAUUUAAUUGCUCCGGACAGACCUUGCUCGUUUUGCGUGCUUGACGUUGGAAAAGUGGAUCCAAUGGUGGACUAAAAAGAAAAAGAAAAAUGUAUUUACGAAAAAUCAAAGCGAUUGAUUUAGAAAUAUGUAUUGGUGUGUAAUCCUUUUCGUCAUGCGCUGUUGGGGGAGGAUCGGAGCAGGAACCUCACAUCGGAUUUCAUGUUUCGCAACAAUGUUGCUUCUGCAUCUAGCAGGAUUAUAUUAAGAAUCAUCCAGCAAAAUGAUACGUAAUCAUAGUUUGCACUAUUUAGCAGUCUGUGGAAAAUGACAAAAGCAAGGGACUACUACCUCCUAAACUAAAAAAAAAAAAAAAAAAAAAAAAAAAAUACUGUUAUUAACCAAACACCUAAACGGGUCUUUUAAUUUUUAAUAAUAAAACAAAUAGCGUUUAUAAUUCCGAAAGUAAAUGCCGUUUUGCCAUGAAAAGAUACAAAUGUACACAAAUGUUAAUUAUUUGAUAAAUUCAGGACACUUAUUUAUCGAGUAAAUCAGAAAAGUGGCAAGUUUAAAUUACCAGCAAAAAACAAACUAAAACCAAAAAAAAAAACUAUAUUCUAACUAGCAGUUUGGACUACCCGAUAUUACUGGCCUCAAUGUAACAUUUUUUAUACGUUUUUAAAUACUUUUUUUUUUUUUUUUUUUUUUUUACAUUCGUUGCUAUGGCUUCAUUUCCAGAUUCCGAUAUGCAGUCAUGCCCCCUUUGCAAGGAAACGUGCGGCUCCUCCGCUCCGAUCUCCUCCAAUUCAUCUACCUCAUCUCAGGCCUCCAGCUCUUCUACCUCAUCAUCCCGGAGGCUCCACGUCCUGCCCUGCCUUCAUGCCUUCUGUAGGCAGUGUUUGGAAGAGCAGCGAAGCCCCGGGGACCCCCUCAAACUCAAAUGCCCGACGUGCGACCAAAAGGUAUCCAUUUCUGAGUCUGGAGUGGAAGCCUUGCCAUCCUCCAGUUUGCUUUUCAACAACCUCUUGGACGUAGUGGUAUCCUCUGAACAAAAGAACAAGAACGGCUGCCGGAGUAACAACCACUGUCACGGGCUGCUUGGGACCCACCACCCCGGGGAGGCACAGUGCAGCUCAUGCGAUGAAGGCAACCCUGCUACCUCACAUUGCCUGGAUUGUCAGGAGUACCUUUGCGAUAAUUGCGUCCGGGCCCACCAGCGAGUUCGCCUUACCAAAGACCACUUUAUUGAAAGGUUUAUAGAUAGCUUGCAAAUGGCGAGCCGGAACAGUAACUCAAAUAAUACCGCUAUAACCCUUUCCCAGUCCUUCCAUUCAACGUACCCACUGAUGCCAGUCUUUAAAGACCAGAUGAGCUUCUGCCAGCAGCAUGACAAUGAGGUGUUGCGGUUCUUUUGUGACACUUGCUCGGUGCCUAUCUGUCGGAAGUGCAGUGUUGGGAGACAUGUGGGGCACAGUUUCAUCUACCUCCAUGAUGCCGUCCAGGACUCCAGGGCCAUUACCAUCCAGCUGCUGGCAGACGCACAGCAGGGGCGCCAGGCUGUGCAGCUGAGUAUUGAGAAGGCUCAAGCUAUAGCCGAACAGGUUGAGAUAAAGGCCAAGGUUGUGCAAACCGAGGUGAAAGCUGUCACUUUGAGACAUAAGAAGGCCCUGGAGGAACGAGAAUGUGAGCUGCUCUGGAAGGUGGAGAAGAUUCGCCAGGUGAAAACCAAGUCCCUCUAUCUGCAGGUGGAGAAACUGCACCAGAACCUCAACAAGCUGGACAGCACCAUCAAUGUGGUUCAGCAGGUGAUAGAGGAGGGCAGGAACAUGGACAUCCUGCUGGCCCGGGAACGCAUGCUCACCCAGAUCCAGGAGCUCAAGGCUCUGCGGGGUGUCCUGCAGCCACUGGAGGACGACCGCAUCAUGUUUACCCCACCUGACCAGACGCUCUUUAUUGCACUCAAGUCAAUGGGGCUGAUCAGCAGCGGGGCCUUUGCCCCAGUGACCAAAGCAACUGGCGAGGGGUUAAAGAGGGCUCUGCAGGGCAAGAUGGCGUCCUUCACGGUGGUGGGCUACGAUCACGAUGGUGAGCCCAGACUCUCUGGCGGGGAUGUCAUCUCUGCAGUGGUCAUGGGCCCAGCCGGCAACCUGUUUCGGGCAGAGGUGACUGACCAUCAGAGUGGCACCUACACUGUUAACUACCUACCCAAGCAAGAGGGCGAGCACCUUAUCUCGGUUCUCAUUUGCAACCAGCACAUCGAGGGCAGCCCAUUCAAGGUACUGGUCAAAUCUGGUCGCAGCUAUGGGGUGGUGGGGCUGCCGGUGGCUUCGUUUGGAGGCGAGGGAGACGGAGAUGGCAAGCUAUGUCGGCCCUGGGGCGUUUGUGUGGACAAGGAAGGUUAUUUUGUGGUGGCCGAUCGCAGCAACAACCGCGUCCAGAUCUUCAAGCCCUGUGGUGACUUCCAUCACAAGUUUGGGACUCUGGGCUCAAGACCUGGCCAGUUUGACCGACCUGCUGGCGUAGUCUGUGACAACCAAAGGAGAAUUAUUGUGGCUGACAAGGACAAUCACCGCAUUCAGGUCUUUACAUUUGAGGGACAGUUUCUCCUGAAGUUUGGGGAGAAGGGCACCAAGAAUGGGCAGUUCAACUACCCCUGGGAUGUUGCUGUCAACCCUCAGGGGAAGAUUCUUGUCUCUGACACCCGCAACCACCGCAUCCAGCUGUUCGGGCCUGACGGAGCCUUUCUGAAUAAAUAUGGCUUUGAGGGUGCCCUCUGGAAGCACUUUGACUCUCCCAGGGGAGUGGCUUUCAACCAUGAGGGCCACCUAGUGGUGACAGACUUCAACAAUCACCGGCUGCUUGUCAUCAGGCCCGACUGCCAGUCUGCCCGCUUUCUGGGUUCAGAGGGCACGGGCAAUGGGCAGUUCCUGCGGCCGCAGGGGGUGGCUGUGGACCAGGAGGGGCGCAUUGUGGUUUCUGACUCCCGGAACCACAGGGUCCAGGUCUUCGAAUCCAAUGGCAAUUUCUUAUGCAAGUUCGGGACUCAGGGUAAUGGCUUCGGGCAGAUGGACCGCCCAUCGGGUAUAGCCAUUACUCCUGACGGAAUGAUUGUGGUUGUUGACUUUGGAAACAAUCGAAUCCUAGUGUUCUGAAAACCUGUUUCUGUUUUGUAAUGUAUAAAAGGAGAGAGAGAGAAAAAAGAUAUUUUAAGAUACACAGCAUUGUUUGAUGGGGGCAGUCAUUUAAGCAAGGUUUGCUGUAGGUUUAAACUGGUGUUCCACUGAGGGAUAUGGCACUCCAUUGGUCCGAACUACUGACGAUCUUGUUGAUGUUCUCUAUAGCAGUUGAAUGUUUUAUAGUGAAUUGGGGGAGUUUUCUCAGGUGAAACUAGAGAACAGUUGACUAGAAGCAGUCAAAUGAUUUUAAUAAAGCAGAAUGGAGUGGUCUUGGACCUAUUUGUCGCAUGUAGGCCCUGUGGUGAUAGCUCAUAGAAACAUAAUUUGAGAAUAUACUUUACUCUCCAGCUUAAAUGACAGCAUAAUAUAAAGAUGUGAUUAUUUUAUUAUCAGGUAUAGAAAAAGCAGCAGUGAGACUCUUUGCCAAACUGCUUAGCUGCUGGAGCACCAUCAUCUGUAAGCUUGACUAGCCAUGCCCUUCACGUUUAUCUUAAACUCUCUUUUGCUAAUCAUCUCAGGGAAUUUCUUUGCAUUCUUAUUAUAUUUUACACUCUGCAUCAUACCUACCUCAUCUUGUUCAAAUAUGAAUGUACUUGUGUUUGUUGUGCAGAGGUUUAGUCCGUGAAGUUUUAUAAGAAAAACAUGUCUACCUCAAUGUUUUGUUUUUUUAUUAUUAUUAUUUAAGAGAGAAGAAAAGAAACAAGGUGUGCUUUGUAUGUGUACCGCUCGCACACAUUUUCUAAAUCUACUGUACACAUUCAGAAUACUCAGUGUUGCUGAGACAAUGUUAAGAUACACACGUUACAUCUUAAUUAUAGCAAGUGUGGAGACAUUUUGAUUAAUAUGGUUUUGGUUUUGUGUUUACUCCCAAAAGAUGAUAACACUUGGUUACUGUGGCAAGUCAGCUUCAUACCUGAAUGAGACUUUUAUCACAGAGUCUGUUCUGUGACUUGCAAAUACCCCCUCCCCCCAUCCUUUGAAUGUAAUGCCCUGACUAUGGCAGAGGGUAAGUAUUAUGACUUAAGAUCUAAUUUGCUAUACAGUGU